AAAAAAAAAAAAAAGAAGAAAAUUCCAGCGUGUUCUGUGACCAACUCCAGCACCGACUGACCCUUAACAGGCGACCUCUGCCCCACCACACCCACACCACACCGGCUGCGGCCCUAGAGAGACCUGAAGGCACCGCGGGCGGCGCGAGAGCUGAGGGAGGGAGGCCGCGAGGGAACCCGCGCGGGCCCGCGGCGGGCCGUGCUGGCCGGGGACUCCCGGACCGGGCUUAGGGGAAAUAAAAAGGAAGGGUAUUUGCCCCUCUUCAAAGCCCCACACUUCAUCCUCCGUGGGACGCCAUGUCUACCAGCAGUUGUAGUUUCAAGAACCGAUGCGUGUCCAUCCUGUGUUGCAAAUUCUGUAAGCAGGUGCUCAGCUCUAGGGGGAUGAAGGCUGUUUUGCUGGCUGAUACUGACAUAGACCUUUUCUCUACAGACAUUCCUCCUACCAAUGCAGUGGACUUCAUUGGAAGAUGCUAUUUCACGGAAAUCUGCAAAUGCAAACUGAAGAACAUAGCUUGUUUAAAAUGUGGGAACAUUGUAGGGUACCAUGUGAUUGCUCCAUGUAGUCCCUGCCUUCUUUCCUGCAACAAUGGACACUUCUGGAUGUUUCACAGCCAGGCAGUUUACGGUAUUAACAGAUUAGACUCCACUGGUAUAAACUUCCUACUUUGGGGUAACUUACCAGAGAUAGAAGAGAAUACAGAUGAAGAUGUGUUAGAUAUUUCAGCAGAAGAAUGCAUUCGAUGAAUAGAAUUAUGAUAUAUAAUAUUUUAUAAUAGUAUUUUCCUAUUUAAAAAUAUGUUAGCAAAUUAACUAAAAUUGCCAGUGAGGACUUUCCAGUGACUUAUUUUUUCUUUCCUUUUCUCUUCCUUCCUUUCUUCUUUCCUUCCUUUCCUUCUUCCUUCUUUCCUUCCUUCCUUUCUUUUGAAACCAAAACUUGACCUUUGUUGAUUUAUUUAUUUGCUGUCUUAAAUUAAUUCCUUCAGUUUAAGUCAAUGAAGUUUUUCUUCUCU